GGGAAGGUUGCGGAGGGUAACUAAGCGUUCUCGGUUGGGAAAAGGGCGGAGGACAGUCAGAAUACGAUAAGGUAAGCUAACCCCAGCUUCCUGAUCAUGGAUCCGUGUCUGCAUUACCAAGAUAGAUCCUUCACCCUUAACAUUGCUCCGCACUGUGUGACUUUCCCACUCACACAAUCCUGCGCAGAAAAUCGCUGCACAGACUCAAUGGCACGAUUGUCAGGUCUUCAGCGGGAGGUUCUAUCUCUUUAUCGGAAAUGUUUGAGAGAAAUCCGAAAGAAGCCUGUUGAAACCCGACAGAAUUUCAAAAUAUACGCCAGAACCGAGUUUCAGAAGCACAUGAAAAUCAGCAAAAAAGACUUCAAUGCGAUUGAAUAUCUGCUACGCAAAGGGCACCGACAGGUCGAGAUGUAUUCUUCACCGGGCAUACGCAACAUCCGCUAAUCCAUGCGGUGAUGCUUCAAUUCGGUGCAAGCGAAACGCUUAUCUUGACCAACUUGUCAGCUCAAAGGCGCUUUACAGGGCAGUUGGCCAGCAAGUGGGUGACUCAAUUACGUCAUCCAGGCUGAUUAACUACCUAAAGUCAAGUUGCCGCCAGCCGCCUCCCGAAGCUUAUGGAAUCGUCCAGAGGGACCGAGUAGGAA